AAGGGCGACCGUAGUUUUUCACUUUUUUUCUGGCGAUAAGUUGGGGCGGCGGUCGCAGUCGCACUCACUCCGCUGUGACCGACGGAGCAAUGUCGGUGAGGCGGCGAGUCCUGCUGCUGCUCAAGCCUCUCGACGUCUACCCGACGAGGCCAACCGCUGUGCCCAAAUCGCCUUCCUCUUCCCCCCUCGCCCCAAAGAUCUUAAGUUAUCUCGAUGACAGGGUUAGGGUGCACAAGGAGACAAUCAACUUUUGCAAGGAUGUUUUGCAGCGCAAGUCCAUCAAUUGGGAACCUUUACUUCGUAACAAUUUAUCUCAACCGGUUCGUCAUGUUGAUCUAGUGAUAACUGUUGGUGGGGAUGGCACUCUUUUGCAGGCUAGUCACUUUCUUGAUGACUCUGUUCCAGUCUUAGGAGUGAAUUCAGACCCUACACAAGCUGACGAGGUUAACGCAUUCAGUAAUGAAUUUGAUGCGACUAGAAGCACUGGAUAUCUCUGUGCUGCUACUGCCGGAAACUUUGAGCAGGUGCUGGAUGAAAUUCUUGAGGGCCACAAACUUCCUUCCCAGCUCUCAAGGAUAUCAGUAAGCUUAAAUGGGCAUUGCUUACCCACCUAUGCACUGAAUGAUAUUUUAGCUGCACAUCCUUGCCCAGCCUCAGUUUCUCGAUUUUCAUUUCGAAUCAAAAGGGAUGCAGAAACGAGUUCGCGGUUAGUUAACUGCCGAUCAAGCGGCCUUAGAGUCUCGACUGCAGCAGGAUCGACAGCAGCGAUGCUCUCAGCUGGAGGUUUUCGUAUGCCAUCCUCGAGCAACGUGCUUCAGUACAUGGUGAGGGAGCCGAUCUUGCUCAGCCCUGUAGAGAGUCCAUGGCUGCACGGAUCGAUAGAACCGGAUCAGUCGAUGCAGAUUGCAUGGUAUAACCAAGAAGGUGUAAUAUAUUUUGACGGCUCACAUGUUCAGUACUCAAUUCAGCAUGGAGAUAGCAUUGAAUUAUCAGCAUUGGCUCCCAUUUUGAAGGUUUAUUUGUCACAGCGAGAAUCAACAAAUGACAUCUUUUGAGACGUAUGAUCUCUGUUGAACAGAAAUGGCAUGAAUUCAUUUUUUUAAAUGUUUAAAUGAUGUAUUUAAAAUAACGGUAAAUUGCAAUAUAAUUUUAUCGUCUCAAACUUUGAUGAAUUAAA